UCGCGCGUGUGCUCCCGCUCCUCACGCGGCGGCCGGGGCCGCCUCUCCCUCCCUCCCGCCCGCCCUCCGAGAGCGGCCGCGCCGUCGCCUUCCGCGCCUCGCGGCUCCCUCCAGACCUCAGCGCGGGUGAGUCCUGAUUCUAGAGACAGUUGCUGCUGACCCUGUAACUCUAAGGACGAAGUAGCUGGCUAAACUCAUUCUUGGUAUAGGUGGACACCAUGUCUUUGAAGAUUCAGACCAGCAAUGUAACCAACAAGAAUGACCCCAAGUCCAUCAACUCUCGGGUCUUCAUUGGAAACCUAAACACAGCUGUGGUAAAGAAGUCAGAUGUAGAAACCAUUUUUUCCAAAUAUGGCCGUGUGGCCGGAUGUUCUGUGCACAAAGGCUAUGCCUUUGUCCAGUAUGCCAACGAGCGCCAUGCCCGGGCAGCUGUACUGGGAGAGAAUGGACGGGUGCUGGCUGGACAGACUCUGGACAUCAACAUGGCUGGAGAGCCCAAGCCCAAUAGACCCAAGGGGCUAAAGAGAGCAGCAACUGCUAUAUACAGGCUGUUUGAUUAUCGAGGUCGCCUUUCUCCAGUGCCCGUGCCCAGGGCAGUCCCAGUGAAGAGACCCCGUGUCACGGUCCCUUUGGUUCGCCGUGUCAAAACUACAAUACCUGUCAAGCUCUUUGGCCGUUCUACAGCCAUCACUACUGGCUCAGCCAAGAUCAAGUUAAAGAGCAGCGAGCUACAGACCAUCAAAACAGAGCUGACACAGAUCAAGUCCAACAUCGAUGCCCUGUUGGGUCGCUUGGAACAGAUCGCUGAAGAACAAAAGGCCAACCCAGAUGGCAAGAAGAAGAGUGAUGGCAGCAGUGCUGGAGGAGGGGGCAGCAGUGGUGGCGGCAGCAGUGGCAAUGCUAGUGGUGGUGGCAGCGGCAGUGGCGGCAAUGGUGGUGGCAGUGGCAGCUGCAGCAGUCGGCCCCCGGCCCCCCAAGAAGACACAGCCUCUGAGGCAGGCACACCCCAAGGAGAAGUCCAAACUCGAGAUGACGGUGAUGAGGAAGGACUGCUCACACAUAGUGAGGAGGAACUGGACCACAGCCAGGACACAGAUGCAGAAGAUGGGGCCUUGCAGUAAGCAGGAGAAAUGGCCACCAGCAGAAGGGCAUCACUGUCUCUGGCCUCAAGCCAGGCACCCAUCUCUGGAUGCCAGAUUGUAGCGGGUACCAGAGGAAAGCUGGCAGCAGGCACUCCUCUCCCCAUGCAUCCCAGCCAGUGAGUGCUACGUCCUUUGCAAGUGGAGUUACUGGCCUACCCUUACCCCAUGCACUCUUGUCUGCGCACCGCCUGGGCCAAAGGGGCAGAACACAUUCUGCCUUUCUUCCCCAGGGAAUUCCCAGGCUUGGAUUUUUCUAUAGGUUUGAAGGGAGGGU